AGUACCAGGAGCAUCUCCCGCCUCCACGCCGAGGCGAAGAGGUUCUAUCCGGGGCCUUGACGCUUCUCUUUCCUUUCGCGCCGGUAGUCGCUGCGGAGUGCGGCGGGUCCAUGUGCGCAGUGACUGGCGCUAUUCCUGGCCCAGUAGCACCCGUGCCCCGGGUUUGACCGAGUUCGCGCUGCGAUGGACCCCAACACCAUUAUCGAGGCCCUGCGGGGCACCAUGGACCCAGCCCUGCGCGAGGCCGCGGAGCGCCAGCUCAAUGAAGCACACAAGUCUCUGAAUUUUGUUUCAACCCUGCUCCAGAUUACUAUGUCAGAACAACUGGAUUUACCUGUAAGACAGGCAGGUGUUAUCUAUUUGAAAAACAUGAUAACACAAUAUUGGCCUGAUCGGGAAACAACACCAGGGGAUAUAUCUCCUUAUACUAUACCAGAGGAAGAUAGACAUUGCAUUCGAGAAAAUAUUGUAGAAGCUAUUAUCCACUCUCCUGAGCUCAUCAGGGUACAGCUUACUACAUGUAUUCAUCAUAUCAUCAAACAUGAUUAUCCCAGCCGUUGGACUGCCAUUGUGGACAAGAUUGGCUUUUAUCUCCAGUCUGAUAACAGUGCUUGUUGGCUAGGAAUUCUCCUUUGUCUUUACCAGCUUGUGAAAAAUUAUGAGUAUAAGAAACCAGAGGAGCGGAGUCCUUUGGUAGCAGCAAUGCAACAUUUUCUGCCAGUUCUAAAGGAUCGUUUUAUCCAGCUUCUUUCGGAUCAGUCAGAUCAGUCUGUUCUCAUCCAGAAACAGAUAUUCAAGAUCUUCUAUGCUCUUGUUCAGUAUACGUUACCACUGGAGCUGAUAAACCAACAGAACCUGACAGAAUGGGUAGAAAUUUUGAAGACUGUUGUGAAUAGGGAUGUACCUAAUGAAACGCUUCAAGUUGAAGAAGAUGAUAGACCUGAAUUACCAUGGUGGAAAUGUAAGAAGUGGGCUUUACAUAUUUUAGCCAGGCUUUUUGAAAGAUAUGGAAGCCCUGGCAAUGUUUCCAAGGAAUAUAAUGAAUUCGCUGAGGUAUUUCUGAAGGCAUUUGCUGUUGGUAUCCAGCAAGUUUUGUUGAAGGUGUUAUAUCAGUACAAGGAGAAGCAAUACAUGGCGCCUCGAGUUUUACAGCAGACAUUAAAUUACAUUAAUCAAGGAGUUUCUCAUGCCCUCACUUGGAAGAAUCUGAAGCCUCACAUACAAGGCAUUAUCCAAGAUGUUAUUUUUCCAUUGAUGUGCUAUACAGAUGCUGAUGAAGAACUUUGGCAGGAGGACCCUUAUGAAUACAUUCGUAUGAAGUUUGAUGUCUUUGAAGAUUUCAUUUCUCCUACCACUGCUGCCCAGACACUUUUGUUCACAGCCUGUAGUAAGAGGAAAGAGGUACUACAGAAGACAAUGGGAUUUUGUUACCAGAUUCUUACAGAACCAAAUGCUGAUCCUCGAAAAAAAGAUGGAGCCUUGCAUAUGAUUGGCUCUUUAGCUGAAAUACUUCUGAAGAAAAAGAUCUAUAAAGAUCAGAUGGAAUAUAUGUUGCAGAAUCAUGUGUUUCCUCUCUUCAGCAGUGAACUAGGCUACAUGAGAGCAAGGGCUUGCUGGGUACUUCACUAUUUUUGUGAAGUGAAGUUCAAAAGCGAUCAGAAUCUACAAACAGCAUUAGAGCUGACAAGAAGAUGUCUGAUAGAUGAUAGAGAAAUGCCUGUGAAAGUGGAAGCUGCCAUUGCACUCCAGGUGUUGAUCAGCAAUCAAGAAAAAGCUAAAGAAUACAUCACACCAUUUAUCAGACCUGUAAUGCAGGCUCUUCUUCAUAUUAUACGAGAAACAGAAAAUGAUGAUCUUACCAAUGUAAUUCAGAAAAUGAUUUGUGAAUAUAGUGAAGAGGUUACUCCUAUUGCAGUAGAAAUGACACAACAUUUGGCAAUGACAUUUAACCAAGUAAUCCAGACAGGGCCAGAUGAAGAAGGAAGUGACGACAAAGCAGUUACGGCCAUGGGAAUUCUUAAUACAAUUGACACACUUCUUAGUGUAGUGGAAGAUCAUAAAGAGAUAACUCAGCAGCUCGAGGGAAUCUGCUUACAGGUCAUUGGCACUGUUUUACAACAGCAUGUCUUAGAAUUCUAUGAAGAGAUCUUCUCAUUGGCACAUAGCUUGACAUGUCAGCAAGUGUCUCCGCAAAUGUGGCAGCUGCUUCCUCUUGUAUUUGAGGUGUUUCAGCAGGAUGGCUUUGAUUACUUUACAGAUAUGAUGCCUCUUCUGCAUAAUUAUGUAACAGUGGAUACAGACACACUUUUAUCUGAUACCAAGUAUCUUGAAAUGAUAUACAGUAUGUGCAAAAAGGUUCUUACAGGAGUUGCAGGGGAAGAUGCAGAGUGUCAUGCUGCAAAAUUGUUAGAGGUCAUCAUUCUACAAUGCAAAGGGCGUGGCAUCGACCAGUGCAUUCCCUUGUUCGUGGAAGCAGCUUUAGAGAGACUGACAAGAGAGGUUAAGACAAGUGAACUCCGAACAAUGUGCCUGCAGGUUGCAAUUGCAGCUUUGUAUUAUAAUCCCCACCUGCUCCUCAACACCUUAGAAAAUCUUCGUUUCCCUAAUAAUGUGGAGCCAGUUACAAAUCAUUUUAUUACACAGUGGCUUAAUGACGUUGACUGUUUCUUGGGCUAUUUUAAAUCUCAUAUGCUGGCAGAGGAACUGGGAAGUGAUGAAGAUGAUAUUGAUGAAGAUGGGCAAGAGUAUUUGGAGAUUUUGGCUAAACAAGCAGGUGAAGAUGGAGAUGAUGAAGACUGGGAAGAAGAUGAUGCUGAGGAAACUGCUCUGGAAGGCUAUUCCACAAUUAUUGAUGAUGAAGACAACCCUGUUGAUGAGUAUCAGAUAUUUAAAGCUAUAUUUCAAACUAUUCAAAAUCGUAACCCUGUAUGGUAUCAGGCUCUGACUCAUGGUCUUAAUGAAGAACAAAGAAAACAGUUACAGGACAUAGCAACUCUGGCUGAUCAAAGAAGAGCAGCUCAUGAAUCGAAAAUGAUUGAGAAGCAUGGAGGAUACAAAUUCAGUGCUCCAGUUGUGCCAAGUUCUUUCAAUUUUGGAGGCCCAGCACCAGGGAUGAAUUGAGUUACCACUUUCUUUCCUGCUGUGUGGUUGUAGUGAAGAGCUUGUGUUUCUCCUUGUAGUGGUUCCAGAACUGGUUCAUGUUAUCUACUCUUAAUUGAUCAAUAGAUGGACAAAAAAAGAGAAAGAAACCCAGGAGUUGGGACCUGAUCAUGCAACCUGGCACUGGACAAGAAGCCAGAGGGAUUGUGGGGGAGGGGGUAACUAGUGGGUAUUUUCUUUCUUUUUUUUUUUUAAGAAAGUAAGAUCUUGACUGAAGCUUCAAGUGACACUGUGGAAAAUCUGAAACGAGGGGAUGUCAUGAAGGCAGCUUUUCUUUUUCUGAGGAAAAAAAUAGGCAUGGGCUACAGGACUAUUUAAAAUGUCUCAUUUACAGUAUAAAGCUCAAAGGUAGAUGUAAUUUUUAUACCUAUGAGUAUUUGUCCGAUUUCUGUCUCCUUACCAUUGGAUAUCCUUUGUAUGUAAAUAAGAUAAGGUAAUCUGAUAGCCUUAUUCUGUGUUCAUCAUUUUCAUUCAUCAAAGAUCGUUCCUAUGUAGAUUAUUGGACAUUUAUUGUAGCACUACAUAACUGAUUUAAAGAUCUGUAAAUGAAUUAGCACUUUCAUAUUGAAACAAGCCUGCUAGCCUAUGUAUAAAAGCAAAAUGUUUGCUGUUUAUAAAAGGGAUUAAUGGGGUGGGGGGCAGGGGUAAUUUCAACUUAUUUAAAAAUGAACUAGCAAUUUUGUACCUAGUGACUUUGUGGUGCACUCACCUCUGAUAGUGACUUGAAUUCGGUAUGUAAAAAAAGGGGUUAGUGAUACUUCAUUGCUGCUAAAAAUGGCAAUCCCUCUGUGUCCUGUUUUUUUCUUAAAGCUCUCAGUGUAUAAGUGGAUAUUUGGAUACAAGACCUUACUGUAAAAAAUAAAGGUGGUAUCUGAAGCAUGUAAAUUGGAUAUAAAGUUCUGCUCUUAAAGAGUUAAUCUUAAGAGUAUGGCUAAGCAUCUAUAUAUGCAAUCUAUUAAAAAAAACUUAAUUCGGC